UCUCCAAUGACGUACCGCGGUUUUAAAGAUUUUUUUUUAGAUACACGUUCAGCGAUUGGUACGAAUCUUUCACGUUACCUGAGUCCUAUACAAUUGAUAUUUUAAUAAAAGAUGGACUACUUGACCAAGAAGUGGAAGAUGUGGUAUAAGUCCCUGGACGUCAACCAUGACGGGAAGAUCUCGCUGGAAGAUGUCGAGGAGUCCCGAAAUAAAUUUACGGAACUUCACCAUCUUCUUGGCGACAAGGCCGACUCAGUCAAGACAGACAUGAAAAACUGGUGGACAACAUACAUCCUGAACGGCAAAGAUCAAGAAAUUUCUGAAGAUCAAUUUCUUUCUAAUCUGACGGCUGCUUAUAACAAGGAUAAGGCAGCCUUCAAGGAUCAUAUGCAGAAAUGCUUUGACGUCAUGUUCGACGUCAUCGAUACAAACAAAGAUCGCUCCAUCGAACUCAACGAAUUCAUUUUUGCUUUCAAGGCGUUUGGACACGAGAACGAAGAACUUGUAACAAAGGCCUUUAAACUUUUUAAUAAUGAAUUGGUGCCACUCCGUGAUAUUGUUACUGCCUGGGUCCAAUUUGUAACCGAGGAGGACAGCUCAAAACGUGACGUCGUGCGCGAGGCAUUUGAAUCCGGAGUUUAAGCUAUAGAUAUGACGUAUUAGAUGACGUAAUAAUACUUACCUCCUACUCCCUGUUGUAGUUCAGAGAAUUAUCAGGUCAAGACAGAGAAAAAUCAAAAGUUGUCCAUCUGCAGAAAAAAAGCAUCCUGUUUUAACUUACUCUAAUGCUCAGCUGGGUUUAUUCGAGUGAUCUGACGUCAUGACGAUAAAGAAUUUGGUCGAUCGAUCUAAUAUAUGACUUUUUACCUCUUUAUCCUGAUAUUUUUUUGUUAUUACCAUGAGUUAUUUUAAUAAAUAUACGUGUUUUCCUAA